AACGGCGACGCGAGCGUGAAAAGAAGGAGCGGUGUGCGAGCAUCACGCACACAGAGGCGAGUGUGCGUGUGCGCGCCGAGAGGGACGGUCGACGAGAGAGCGGGACGGCGGCGCCAAUUACUAUCACCUGGCGGGCAGCUACCGCAUUACCCACUGCCGCCGCGCGCGCGACCACGCGCCCGCUGCACCACGCGGCUCGCUCCGCUCCUGUGACGCUCCGCUGUAUCCCGACUCUGCCCGCAAUCGAUACUCGCGGACUCGCGGCUACCCACUGUGCACCGUCGCGAGUGCAUCCCGUGCUACGCUCGCCGACUCUCGCUCAUCUCGGGGAUGCACCGCUACUGCUUCAGCCCGCGUCCUGAAUAGUGCCAACGCGCGACAAACACAACUGUGAAGUGUGUGCGGACAGUGACACAGACAUUAAACUUAACGUGAUCAUUUUACAAGUUUCCUGGCGAGUUACCCAGUACGAGAUGACGUCCCAGUUUGCCUUCAGAGGAUCUCCCCCCAAUCAGAGCACCAUCUCGACAGCCUCCAACAGUCCGCCGCCGGCGCAGGCGGGAAUGAGCGCGGGCGCGGGCGGCGCGAGCGCUGCGGCGCGGCCCAGCUCGCCCGCAGCCGCGGCCCCGCGCUGCUGCGACACCGGCCGACCUAUAUUCCAGGACCCUAUCACCGGACAGACAGUCUGCUCGUGUCAAUACGAGUUCCUCAACUACCAGAGGCUCGCAUCCGGCGUGCCCCUGUCUAUGUACAGUGCCCCUUACUCAGACGCCGCGGCGGCUACAGCUGCCGGUAUGGCGGCGUAUUUCCCCGCUCUAGCAGCUGAUCAACCACCAUUUUACACUAAUGCCGCUGCCGGCAUCGAACUAAAAGAAAAUCUCGCAGCAAGUGCAGCAACCUGGCCUUAUCCAACAGUAUAUCACCCCUAUGAUGCAGCCUUCGCAGGAUAUCCUUUCAACGGGUAUGGAAUGGACCUUAAUGGCGCAAGAAGAAAAAAUGCGACAAGAGAAACUACAAGCACCUUAAAAGCAUGGCUAAACGAGCACAAGAAAAAUCCUUACCCAACGAAGGGAGAGAAGAUAAUGUUAGCUAUCAUCACCAAGAUGACGCUGACGCAGGUGUCGACGUGGUUCGCGAACGCGCGCCGCCGCCUCAAGAAGGAAAAUAAGAUGACGUGGGAACCAAGGAACAGGGUCGAUGACGAUGACAAUAAUAAUGAUGAUGAUGACCACAAAAGCAAUGAUGGCAAAGAUGGACUAGAUGGGAAAGACUCAGGAACGGGGUCUAGCGAAGAUGGAGAUAGACCACAACAGAGAUUGGAUAUGCUUGGGCAAAGAACGGAAUCAGAAUGGUCAGAAUCUAGAGCUGAUAGCGGUCCUGAAUCACCUGAACCCUAUGAACGACCUAUUCACCCAGCGUACCAGCACUUACCUUCACGUGCUCCACCCGGCAGCACCCCAGCAUCUGCUAAGCCAAGAAUAUGGUCACUAGCGGACAUGGCUAGUAAAGAAGGUGAAGCCCCAGCACCGCCCUCUCCAGCAUCGGCGUUCUACCAGUCGGCAGCUGCGGCUGCGGCUGCUCGCCUCGCCCACCCUUACAGCCGACCUGAACUAUAUCGAGGCUUGUAUCCCCCAACUCACCCGGCGGACGUGGCUCUACUGGAGUACUCUCGUUCGCUGGCGCUAGCUGCGCCCGCGCCCGCGCCGCCCGCUCCUUCGCCGUCCUCAUCGUCCACAUCGUCGCUGGCCGAACCUCCACCUCCACCGCGAGCCUGACCACAAGCCCCCCGCCCGCCGCUGGCGCAUCGACAAUAAUUUCGAUCUCCUACGAAGAGUGCCGCGAGGGUGACUCAGCCUGUAAAUACCGAUAGACUAAUAUAAAUAUGUAUACAUACGUAUAAAUACGUGAUAAUAAUUAUUAUGCACCGGUAGAGAAGCUUAGAUUUGUGAUAGUGGACACAUGCGAGCGGUGUGCCACCUGCCACCGCCCGCGCCGUGAGGUUGACAACUCGCAAACGACGUCGACGCUGCGCCCGCGCCGACCGACCGACAAUACUAGGUGCUAUACAAGUUGGACCUUGCGACACGUUGCUGUAGUUAUUAUUGGAGGUGGAUAAACGAAGUGAUUUCAUUCAAAAAUAGGUAUUAAUAUGUGUUAAGUUUCUUAUACAUAGAUAAAGAACACUGUUUUAGAUUAUUAUUUGUAUGUAGUGUAAAUUAUUAUUUCAAAUAUUCUACUUAUAUUUAGUGCCUAAUUACGUCCAGUGUUUUCUAUUGUUUGAUAGUUUCUUAAAAAAUCUAACAUUCGAAUUUUAAUAUUUAUUGAUACGAGGUCAGUAGUAUAACGAGUCGUUAAUAUAAGUUCUUACAUCUACAAUAUAUCAAUAAUUUAUAUCAGAUUUGGUGAGUUUUUCGAAAAAUCUGUAUAGUUUUUUCUAGUCAGAAGACUAUAAUUGUCUGUGUUAAACAUAAUUGAAAUUACAUGCCUAUUUCUAAUUCAUCAACUUUAAUUACUAACGUUGAGUUGCACCAUUUUGCUAUAACGAUAACCAAAGCGUUUUCCGUUGUCAAUUCGCAAUUUGACGAAGUACAUGGCUGGUUAUGGUUUGGUUAUUGUUUUAUUUAUACCGUGUAACUCGCCCUAAAUAAUUUUCAUUAAGUAGGGCUGGCACAAACAAGGUAACUCCUGCGGUCCAUUCUCACACAACACCAAUGUUUAUUGAAUGUUGGAUUAUUUUAACAACUAUCUACCAGACAAGAAAAAGAAAAUAAAAAAUUGUGUAGCAUCAGAAUCAGUGUACCCACCUAUUAUUAUAAAGUAGGUAAAGUGAAACACUUUUGAACCAUGUGGGACCAACGAAACGUGAAAUGCGGAAGAGAGUUGGGCUUCCUGCGAAAUUAAAAUAAUUAGACUCCAAAUAAAAGUUAUUCAUUGCUGUAAUACAUAAUUGUAGAAAAUUUAUUGUCACAAUUAAAAUAUUUAGCAUUGCCGUUAACUUUUGUUCGCUAACGGCAGAACAUUAUAAAAGUUAAACAAACCGUAUUUGUAUUACACAUGAGCGUCUAGGUACCUAAUUUACAUUUUCUUUUGUGCCAACUUAAACUUAAAUUGCUUUUAACUUGUAAUUAGUGUAUUUUUAUUAGUUUUUGGAUGUAAUUGGUGUUCAAUAUUUCAUUUCAGGUACCUUUUGCAUAGGUAUUACGAUUUUUGGACCCUUUUUUAAGGUUCUGUCAAUAAUCUAAAAAACUAAACUACUAUUAGAAAGAAAGAAAGGGGGGGGGGGAGAAAAAGGGUAGGCGCAGCAUGUUUUCUUGUUGUCAGAAUAUUGAUAACUUUUUAACAAACAUUACUUCAACUUAAAUAGGUAUAUUGAUAUAAGACCUAUAAACAGUACAGCAUAUUUAUGCUUCGAUUUCGAAUCUGCCGUCCUCUUACAAGUAAUGCAAAUAUAGAUCGGAAUAAAUAUAUGAAGUGGAGGAAGAUAUUCAUAAACCCGAGCUGUUUCGGUGAUGAUGCGCUUUCGUAAUCCCGCUGCAGCGGUAGACGUAAUUCAGCAUUCAAUAUCCACCGCGUUGCCAGCCCUACUCGAAUUCGUAUCAUCUAUAGCAUUUACACAACAUUCGUCUUCAUAGCAAUUUGUCAUAACUUCAUAAAAAUGGCCUUGUAUAGAUGGAAACAAUAAAUGAAUAUAAAUUAUCAUCAUCGAUUGAUUUCAAAACAUUGUAUAAUAUUUUCUUUUCAAUAUUGUAGAGACUGAAAGUCCAAAAUUGAGUCUAUAGUUUUGUACAUACGUCACUGUUGUAAGUAUAUAUUGUAAUAAUAACGUGAGUAUUUAAGAGAGGUAAAUGCAAUAAUUUUUCUGUAUUAGAAAUCCUGUUGAUGUAAAUAAAAACACGGAUGGAAGACGUGAUUCUUCAAGGUAGUUAUGUAAACAACGAAAAUAUGUGUAUUCGACUAUAAACGAUAUACGAAUAUCUUAAUGACAAUGUAUAUUUUUUAUUAAACAACAAGUACUUACAUUUCUGAAUUCACAUUAACUGUAAUUAUUGUAGUGUCAGUGUCAUUCAGAAAACUGUAGUGUCAGAAUUUAUUGUAUUAUAAAUGGGUUAAGUUAAAAAACAAAUUAACUGUUGAUAAAAUUAUUACAUGUUGUCUAAUUUUGUUAGCUUCAAACGUCUUUUAACCGUUUUCCCAGAAAGGUGUGUGAAUAGAUGCAAUAAAAUUUAAUACAGAAAUAUUU